AUGGGUUUCAGAUUCGCUAAGUUCAAUUUUUGGUUAAACGGCUAUUUUGCUAACGAAGAAGGGACGAAGAAGGAUCAUGCUCCCGUGUAUCGAAAACAUCUCCGAAAGGAUUGCAAGACAUUUAAGACGACGUUGAACAACAGUAACGCGCUGACCUACAUGAGAGAAAGCUUUCAAAAUUGGCCGUUUCAAGUUAUGCUGGCGGCUCCGUUUGCUGUGGACACUUUCUACCUUAUGUCUCUCUUGCUUGAAGUAAAUCCACAAGAAAUAUUUUGGCACAAGUGGGGCAAAAGUAAAAGUGUGUGUGUGUGUAGUCGUUCUGCUGUAACACUCUUUCAGUGCCUAGCUGCCAUGCCCCCCGAAGGAAACGCGAGGGCUGGGACAGUGCCAGGUUGCUCAACCCCAGACAGGGGAAAUCGAGAGGCAAAGGUCGGGUUCGAACCACUACCUCCAGGUCAAGGUCUGCUAACUUUCUACCUGGCCGCAUCUCGAUUCGAAGCGGUUCAAGAGGGCUGUCUACCUUGUAUCAAGUUCUGGUUUGUUCACGCCGUACAUCGAUUUUUACGGCUUACUCCACCUUAUCUGCUGGUCGUGUUCAUCUACGCUGGUCUGUUUCCCCACCUCUACGACGGACCACUAUUCCCUCAGCGCAUCGAGUUGACCGACGUCAAUUACUGCCGACAGCAUUGGUGGAUAACUUACUUUUCCAAUUUCUUUUACACCAAAGAACAGAGGUCUGCUAACUUUCUACCUGGCCGCAUCUCGAUUCGAAGCGGUUCAAGAGGGCUGUCUACCUUGUAUCAAGUUCUGGUUUGUUCACGCCGUACAUCGAUUUUUACGUGUUUACCGUGGACCUGGUAUCUGGCAAAUGAAUUCCAGUUCUCUGGAUUUCUUGCACCAGUCUUCAUCACAGUAACGAAAUGGACGUCGUUCGAUUUGCUCCUUGUCAAACCGUACACACACUGGGGUACAUACACCAUGGGGCUCUUUUUCGGGUGGAUUCUUUUCAAACGCAAGCAACAAGGAACGCUGCGAAGGAACUCACGUCGUGAACAAUUAUUUGUGGUCUCAGCGUUGGCUUUGGUUUCCACCUUUUGCUUGUCCAGUUUGUACGGGUUUGGAGGAGCGACUAGCACAAGCGGACCACACAGUCUUUCAAAAUUCACAUUCACUCUCAACACCGCUCUGUCUCGACCUGCGUUUGCUCUUGCGCUCGCGAUUGUGAUUUACCUUUGUGGCACCGACAAUGCACCCUAUUUCAAUGCGUUUCUCAGCUGGCCCGGAUUCCGACUGCCCUCACAGUUGACCUAUGGAUUGUCUCUCAUACAUCCAAUUUACGUCUACCUCAUUCUAAUGAGACUUCAAACGCCUAUUACGUUGAGCAGUGCAACUCUGGUAAUAUUGUUCGUUGCCGUAUCGGUAAUCAGCUUCAUCAGUUCGUUCUUCCUCUUUUUGGUCACUGAAAUACCGGUGAGAACACUUGAACAGUUUUAUGGACGCAGGUGAAAAAACUCCUGUCAGAUGUCGGUGGAAUAGUAUUUUCGUUAGUUUAUUUUUAUGGACAAACUGUG